AUGGACCCCGAACUUCAAAUAAAGGCCCUAGUUGAUACUUUGGCGCCUCGAACUGCACAUCAGUAUAAGCUCUACCACACCAAAUAUCUGCAAUGGUGUAGAGAAAACCGGUUGGUGCGCCGGGCGGAGACAAACCAUCCCUACAAAGACGUUAUCGUUACCGCACCUUUAGUGCACUGGUUUAUACUUGCGAACUUUGUUUGUAAGGAGGAUGCUCAAUUCAGUGUCUCUGUGCUGCGGAAAAUGAUCAGCGCUUUCAAAUUCCUACAUCGCAUUUGCAAGGCCUAUGAACCAGAUUACUCUUACGACCUAGACCAUGAUUACCUGGAAGGCGUUGCUCGUCUCCAUGUCAAUGCAUCAUCGGAAGUGCCACCACUUUCCCCGCUCAAAAUCGUCUCCGUCAAUAUGUGGAGCCCGCAUGGGACGCGGUUCUCGGAGAAAUUUUUCAAAGGUGGAAUCGAGAAGCUGCGGUUUUUGGUAGAUUUCCAUGUCCAACAAUACUGGCAUUUCACCUUUGCCGACAGGGCUAAAAUACGUUUGGGAGAUUUAUAUGUUUCUGAUGACCGACGCAUGUUACUAAUAAAUCAAACCCCGCCAGAAAAUCCUGGUGCCAGCCGCAGACUUGCACUUCUUCCUCAAAGCGUUCCUUGGGAAUGCCCCUUGGUUACCCUAGCUGCGUAUCUUUAUCUCAGGUUUUAUGGCGCUACAAAAUCUUAUAAAGGUGACGGUUUUCCCGACCUGUCACGGUCUGACGAUUGGUAUUUUUUACCGCUAAUUCGAGGUAAAUCUCUCGACAAGUAUCCGCGCGAAGAAACCAUGACGAACUACUACGCAGAUGUCUUUAGGCAUUGCCAUUUGCCUUAUAAGCGGAGAGAGUAUUUUUACAACAAGAACGUGGAAUACUGCCAGUACCCAAUAACGCGAAACUCAGAGCUCAAAGAAUUGCAAAGAGUAGGUGGUGGUGAGGAACAGGCUUAUUUUCCUCAAAGCAUACCAAUUGAUUUCAUAAGGCAUAUGAAUCGACAGUCAGUUUAUGAGCCAGUCGGUGCGUUGGAUGCAUUCGAAUACUCAAGCGCCCCUCAAGCUCUCUUGGUCCAAAUUUUCCCAGAGAUUGAAGAAUAUAAGAGAGAAACCACGAAUUUGAGUGAAGAGAGUUAUCAAUUUUUAAAAGUUUUAGAACUACUGAGGUAUCAUUUACUCAGAGCGCUUCCAUUCAUUACGCACUUUUUCCCAGAGCAUGAAAUCUUGAGAGACUCCAUGUUUCAAAAUCCUGAGUUUCAGAGCUUUUUCCAACAAAAAGUGGAGGAGCUACGCGUCAAAGGUCAAUUACAAAGAUUACAACCUGAGGAAAAUGGGUCUAGCAAUAUUGAGCACGUUUCGACGGCACAUUCGCAGCAUAUGGCUCAAAAACCUCCCCCUGAUGUAACUUCUGCCGACUCAGAUUUAGACAGUUUGCAUACCUACUUGCGCGAUCAAACUUUCCAAAUGGUACAGUAUCAAAGCGCCACAAAUUUCCAUUUGCUCAUCCAGUCACUAAGCCGAGUAUUUGAAAAGUUAGAAACCAAGAAGAGCAACCGCGAGUACAUUCUUCAUCAGCUAGGCUCUUUGGAGCAGACGUUACAAGACCGUAUAUCCCGAUCCUCUCCAGACGACGUCAAAAAAGAAGAAAACUCUAGCAGCAUUACAAUGGAGCCCACUAAGCCCGAAAGCACAGAUAACAAUGAUCGCCGAAGGCUUGACGAAUAUGAUAGUGACGCAGAGAACGAUGAUGACUAUAGAGAAGUAUUAGACGAGUCUCGGCAUCAAACUGAAGAUCAAAAGGAAGAGGAUGAUGAAGUAGAUCCCAAUUUACAAGAUGAGCUUCAAACUCUUGUCUCUCAAGUGAUGGACGUCAAGUUCAAAGUCGUGCUUGAGGAGCAAACGAAAAAAAUUGAGACCCACGUCAACCAACUUAUUGCAGCUCAAGUAAAGGAAGAAGUCCGCAAGCAGCUUGCUGAGGUGGUGAACAACAGAGUAGAUUCUCCGACACCCAAUCCAACUCACCAACAUGCCGCCUCAAAGCGCGUCAGAGAAGACUCCGAGCCGCCAUUACAUAUCUCGGAGCCCCAGUUUGCACUAUCUCCCUACCUUGAUAGUAUAGAGGAUGUUGUUCUAGAGUGGUUUACUCCAAAUCCUGAACAACGUAAUGAAUGUGUUCACACGAUGAAUCGAAAAUACGGUAAAACUUGGAGAAGCAGGUCUCCCGAUGCCGCGCCACUCUACAGACAGCGGAAGAUGAUUGUGGAGUUCUACAUAUGCCUCGUUAAUCAGCGCCAAAUGGAUCGAUACAGGGCAGUUGCAGUCUGUGAAAAUUUACGGGGUAGCGAAACGCUUGAUGAAUUCAGUGGAAAACUGAAAGAGUGGAAAAAAAAUCACCAAAACAGCUUCGACGGAUUGGGCUGA